AUGGUAGAGCAGGAUAAGGAAGAUCCGCCUGAGGGGAAUUUAGAAGAUCAGGAAGAAAUUCUACCUCCUGGAUCAAAUGAAUUACUGCUGAAGUUUAUGAAUUCUGCACAUUUUACAAUCUAUCAUCAUAUUGAAUACUUGGCACGUUAUGCAUACAAUAUUGGAAUACAUCAUUACAUUUGUCAGAAGUUGUUGACCUUUCCUCAUACCGAGUUGCAGUUUUAUAUUCCGCAGCUUGUCCAAGUGCUGUUAACUGUGGAAACUGAAUCUAUGGCACUAGAGGAACUACUCUUAAAACUAAGUGGUGAAAACCCUCAUUUUGCGCUAUUGACAUACUGGCAACUGCAUGCACUUUUGUCUGAUCUCGCAACAGAUCCUGAAUCUUAUGGAUUCCAAGUUGCUCGUCGGGUAAUUAAUAAGUUACAACUCGUACUUUGCAGCACCACGUCUAUUACGCAAGAGUCUAAAAUUAACGAGAACUUACAUCCUGCAAUAAUUCUGAGUAGCGUUGUGCUUGGGUCAACUGUAUGUCCUGCAUUACCUUCCUAUAUGAAGCAUAUAAUUGAGUCACAAGGUAGACGGCAGAGGAGCCAUGUCUUUAAAUUAGCAAAGAAUGUGGUAAGAAACAUGGCAAGAAAUCUAUCGCUGCAGAACACCAUAGGCCAGCGCACUUCUGUUAAUGGUAAGAAAACAUCUGCAUCACCAAUAGAUAUUGUAGAUACCUCUAAAACUAAGGAAGAUGCCAUGUUUAAAAAACGGAAGGAGAAGUUAGUUCCUGCUUUGGAUUUUGAUAUUGUAGAUAAUAUCGGCGACCGACUUUUUAAGGAUAAACUAUCGAAUUCUAUUGUCAUGCCUAAAAGAAGGCAAAAAAUAACAGACAAGUCAUACGUGCAUAAGUUAUACAAGUCCAGUGCCUCGCAUAGAAGGAGUGUUUCUGCCGAUGAGUAUACCAAUUCCAUGCCUAAUUUGCACAUUAAUCACAUGUCUAGUCCAUCGCUAUCUACUAGCGAAAAAAGAAAAUCUUUUGAUGGACAUACCAAUGAUGCUUCAAGUCACGCAGAAGUAACCUGUAAACCUAAAGAUCAUAAUCGCAAGAGUUCUAACAACAAUCCGAACAUGUAUAAGUUGAAACCUUCAAAUAUGUCCACGACUCAAAAAAUCAAGAUCUUGAAGGCGCACUACUUCCGAUGUGAAAUGCAAUUUGUUAUUGCUUUAGAAACUAUUUCAAGGAAACUGUUACAGGUUCCUAGAGAAGCUCGUUUAACGUCAUUGAGAGCCGAGUUAUCUAUUAUGAACAGAGAUCUUCCAGCGGAGGUCGAUAUACCAAUUAUAUUGCCUCCAAAUAAGAAAGGUAAACUGCAUAGAAUUGUUAACAUAGCUGCUAAUGAGGCGCAAGUGUUGAAUUCUGCAGAAAAAGUGCCGUUUUUGUUAUACAUUGAAUAUUUAAGGGAUGAUAUGGAUUUUGAUCCCUGUAGCCCAGCGAGUGAUUCUCUCCUUAGGGAACGGGCAGAUGAUGGUGGUUUCAUAUUUGAUUUAAGCUAUAUGACAAAUAAUAAUGAAAACCAGGAACUCGUUGGUGCAUCAAAUGACGCAGGAAGUAUAGUAUCUACUCCAGAAACUCCUACAACAAGAAAAGAGAUGGACCUCGGGGAUAUGUCAAUGGUAAAGGUCACAGAACAAUCUGAGACAGAUGAGUAUAAACGUGAAGCUCUAAUUAGGAAGGCGACUAGCAUACCAGCCAUGCAGUCGGAGUCCAAUAUGCGCAGUGCAGAAUUAGAUUUUGUCUCCAAGUUUGACAUUAUUACGGGACAGUUAUCCAAUACCAACAUAAAUGAGCCCAAUUCUGUUCCAGAAGAUUUGGCAACGCAGAUGCGUAUAUCUGCUAUGAUGUUAGCUCAAUUAGAUAAAUCACCACAGCAAUUUAGUGACACUGCAAACCAGAUAAGGUCUAAGAUUAUUGCUUCAAUGCAGGAAGUCCAGGAUCGCUUCGGAUACUACGAUUUGGAUGGUGUUCACGAUAUGGCGGGGGAACGUAGAUUGGAAAAUGAUCUUAAAACCGGUGGUUUGAUAACUACUGAUAGAAAGCACACAACUUACCUAGGUGAGGAUUGGACAACAAAGAAAGAAAAGAUCAAAAAGUCCUCUCAGUAUGGUCAACUUGAGAACUGGGACUUGUGUUCUGUCAUUGCCAAGUCAGGCGAUGAUUUACGUCAGGAAGCUUUUGCAUGCCAACUCAUUCAAGCCAUGGCCACAAUAUGGAAUAAAGAGAAAACUGAUGUUUGGGUUAAGCGGAUGAAGAUACUGAUAACCAGCGCUAAUACCGGUCUAGUAGAAACAAUUACAAACGCAUUGUCGAUUCAUAGUAUUAAGAAGUCUUUGACUAAACAAAUGAUAGAAGAAGGAGAGUUGAGUGAAAAGGGUUCAAUCGCUACCUUAACCGACCAUUUUGUUCGGUCAUUUGGCGACAAGAAUAGCUUCAAGUAUAAACGAGCCCAAGAUAAUUUUGCAUCGAGCUUGGCAGCCUAUUCAAUUAUUUGUUACAUCCUUCAGAUAAAAGAUAGGCAUAAUGGUAACAUCAUGGUGGACAGCGAAGGGCAUGUAGUCCAUAUCGAUUUUGGUUUCAUGCUCUCCAAUUCUCCAGGAUCGGUAGGCUUCGAGGCUGCUCCAUUUAAACUAACACAAGAAUAUGUGGAUCUUUUGGGCGGUUUAGACGCAGAUCCAUAUAAGAAGUUUGUACGUCUACUUAAAGACGCAUUUAAGGCACUAAGAAAACACGCCGACAUGAUCGUUAGCAUGUGUGAGGUUAUGCAAAAAGAUAACACUCAACCAUGCUUUAACACAGGCGAUCAAACAAGUGUUCAAUUGAGACAACGAUUCCAUACAGAAUUAACCGAAGAAGAGUGUGACGACUUUGUCGAAAACUUCCUAGUGGCGAAGUCCUUGGGCAGUAUUUAUACACGUCUUUAUGAUCAAUUCCAACUAAUGUCACAGGGGAUCUAUACCUAA